CAAAAACAAAUCUCAGAGUCCUGGGUGAUGGACGCCUCGAGCCAGUAUAAGAGCACCGAGGAGCUUAUGAACGCCGACCUUGAUCAUACAUAGCAUAACCAAGGUAGGGUUGCUGACCGUAAGUCGAGAUGUCGCGAGCACAAGAAAUUGCAACAGCACUGCUCUCCGCAACCGAGCACUCAAUCGUCCCUCUCACUGCCAAACAAGUCUCACAAGGCUCGAAGCUCUUCGGUGCUGCCAUCCUUGACAAGGCAUCGUUGUCCACAGUGCUUGCUGAAACCAACAACGAGCGAGAGUCACCGCUACUGCACGGCGAGAUAAACUGCAUCCAGCAGUUCUUCAAGCUCCCAAAGGAAGGGCGGCCGGAGACCAAGGAUUGCAUAUUCUUCGCGACCCAUGAACCGUGCUCAUUAUGUCUAAGCGGUAUAACGUGGUCUGGCUUCAACGAGUUUUAUUACAUGUUCACCUACGAAGACAGCCGAGAUCUCUUCGCCAUUCCUUAUGAUAUCGACAUCCUGCAAUCCGUAUACCAAGUCCCAUCACCCGGCGACACCGCAGAGACACUAGCAGCUAAGCCUUUGUACAACCGAAAGAACAAAUUCUUCACCGCACAAUCGUUGGGCCAGCUGAUUGAUGCCGUCGAGGACGAAUCAGCCAAAUCCGAAUUGAAAAACGAGCUUCAGCGGGUAAAACAGCUAUACGAUCAAUUGAGCGCCACGUAUCAAGAAGGGAAGCAGGGUGGCACCGAGUCCAGCAGCUUCUUCAAGUGAGCUGUGCAUGCUGAGAAAGGAAAGCUCCUCUCACAGAAAUCGACCGGCCGAGUUCCUAUCAUGCACGCAUGUCGAUAUCGAUUGGAUGGCCGCCGGAUGACUUUCCAAGGAGGAAAAGCCCGAUCCGCAAAAAGACGAAUUGUCUCAAUGUCAGUGCCAGUGUAUCAUGAGGUACUCAAAGAUCAUAAUCGACUAUGAUCUCAUUCUCUC